AUGGACUGCAUUUUUAUUAGUGACCGUCCUGCUGAAAAACCCAUCUGUAUUUGCAUCAGUAGUGUGGAGCAGCUGGUGGCGGCCAAGCCCCCCUUCAGUCCCCUGCUGUGGGAGUUCAUGAGGAACGUCUACCCCGGAGGCAUCAGCUGCAUUGUCCCGAAAGGGGAGUGGCUUUUCAAAUUAGGUGUGGGACCAGCCUACGACCGUGUGGGCACCAAGGACAGUAUCAUGAUCCGAGUCCCUGACCAUACAGUGACCGUCCACUUAUGUAACAUCACUGGACCCCUGGCUAUCACAUCGGCCAACCCCAGUGGGGAGCCGGACAGCACCCACCAUGACAUGGUUGUCACACGCCUGGGACACAAGAUACAAGGAGUCCUCUGUGAUGGAGAGUCUAAUGAGGUGGUGGCGUCUACUGUGGUUAACUGCUUGAAAAUCGAUGAAGGUACCAUAACCAUUCUGCGAGAGGGCUGUGUUCCAGCAGUCAAGGUCAGGCAGAUAUUCGAGAGAGUGAAGAACAGCAUGCUGUGA